CAUGGCGCCUCAUGUUCGUGUGUCUACAAAAUACCGCAAUGUGUAGACCGAGUAUCGCGGCAGCGCGCGAAUCUGCACGCCGCGUCAGUUGUAUGGCCGUGCGCUCGCCAUCGCCCUCCCCUUCUCACACACGUUCUCACCUAUGUUCUGCAAACUCUCGAAUUUUGCUCCGUGGUUAGGAGAGGGUGUUCGCACUCACGACCUGCAAGCUCUCGAAUGCUACUCUGUGGUCACGAGGUGAUGAGCGCCACGACCUGCUAUCUCUCGAAGACCACUGCAUGGCCGAAAGGUGGCAAUGCACCAUCAUCUGCUCUCGCGCAGCGGAUGCCGGUCCGCGAGCAUCUGGCCGCCACUCGGUAAGCAGAAUCUACCACGUAUAGUAAGCAACAUAGUUCAAAGCCAAGAAGAUCAGGCCGCGAGCAGCACGGCGCGGAACGGAAGUAGACUUUGCACUUUGCCCUGCAUGUCAACGGCAUCUGCCAUGUGGUUGCAAUGGCGAGUCGUGGAGUCCAUGAUAGGACGAUGCCCGCAUCCCCGUCGAGCUCCCGCUCGAGGUGGUGUGCAUUCGACUCGGUUCAUCGAAGUCUAUCGCCAUCAUGUAAGCAAGCAUGGAGGCAGGGACCAGGAAACCCCGGUCUCGAACAAAGAUCAAAAGGGGCAAAGAAGUUGCGGGGAUCGAAGUGAUGGUCCCCGGCAGUGCGAGACUUCGUUCGGAAGUUGCAAUGAGGAGUUCGAAGGGCUUUCAAAUCGUCGAGUCAGUACACAUUGGGGGGGUCUCGAGGUACCGAUUCCGAGUACCCGCUCGGCAAAUCGCCUCAGCUCAAGUGAAAGCAAGUGCCGAACACGACCCUGGGGUAGAAGAAGGCGCUUUCUUGAUCUGUGGUGACAAUUCGAUGUCCCUCUGCGGGCAUCUUCGCCAGCUAAGUAUGUGUGCUUCAUUGCAGGAGGCCGAACAUCUCGA